CACACAGGCAGCUUUAAAGAGGUGGUGUUUAUAAAGUCACGCUUUUUGACCAUUCUGAGGUCAGUCUUUUGUCACUGCAUCCGCUUGGUGACUGCCUGCAAGAGCUGCCUGGAACAUCAACACCAGUGCUACCCUCGGUGCAGAGUGUCAGGUGUGCGUGAAGCAAAGCCAGCAAAUGAAGGACCAGAAGCAGCAGACCUACUGGCAGGAGACGGGCCGAUGGGUGGGCUACGAGGAGAGCUUCGACCCCCAGUCUGGGGUGUGGGCGUCCUCACACAUCUCCUUCCUCACUUUCAAGAGCCUCAUCCAAAUCCGACGCAGCAUGAACACCGGUGUGGUCAUAUUCGACUGUGAAGAGCAGAGCCUUGCCAGCGUCGCAGAGAAGAUGGUGAAGGAGAUGGUUAACAAGAAAGAGAUCAGGCCUGGAGACCGGGAAGGAGUGCUGAAAUCUCUGCUCCAAGACCGCAGCCAGUCAAGUGACCCAGAGCGACAAGCCCUGACAGACGGGAUAGACUUGCACAAGUUUUCAGUAAAGGAAAGGAAGGAUGAAUCUGAUGGCAUUGAGGCUUCAAUGGUACUUGUGGGAGCCCUGGAUUUCCUGGAAAGGCACACAGUUGUGUUUGUGCGCCUUAAGGAAGCAACAGUUCUCGAGUCCGCAUUUGAAACUCCGGUGCCUGUUCGCUUUAUCUUUGUUCUUAUUGGCCCCAGCAAGAGUGAAAUAGACUAUCAUGAGACUGGACGUGCAAUGUCAGCUCUAAUGGCUGAUAAAGUGUUUAAUCAGGCCGCUCUUAAAGCAAAAACCGCCCGUGAAGUGACGGACGCCUUGACUGACUUCAUGGACUGCAGCAUCGUCAUCCCUCCCACCGAGAUCCAGAACGAGGCCAUGCUCAGCUCCAUCGUCACCUUUCAGAAGAAACUACUGCGGGACAGGUGUCAAUCCUCUGAUCCACCUCCAGGUCCAGAAACCAAGACUCGCAGGGUUUCUAUUGCUUCUGACCCUCCUCCUGAGGACCCUCUGGCUCGCACUGGUCGCCCAUUUGGGGGAAUGCUUCGUGACAUAAAGAGGCGCUACAGUUACUACAAGAGUGAUAUCACAGAUGCUCUCAAUGCUCAGGUCCUUGCUGCUGUCAUCUUCAUCUACUUUGCUGCAUUGUCUCCCGCUAUCACUUUUGGGGGACUGCUGGCCGACAAAGUUGACAACAUGAUAGGCGUCCCCGAGCUGCUCAUCUCCACUAGUAUCCAGGGGAUCAUAUUCUGCUGCGUUGCUGCCCAGCCAGUCCUGGUCAUCGGCUUCUCUGGUCCUCUGUUACUGUUUGAGGAGGCCUUCUUUGCUUUCUGCAAGUCCCAGGACAUUGAGUACAUUGUCGGGAGAGUGUGGGUUGGAGUGUGGCUGGUCAUCAUUGUGGUCAUCAUUGUAGCCUGUGAAGGCAGCUUCCUGGUGCGCUUCAUCUCUCGCUUUACCCAAGAAAUCUUCUCCAUCCUCAUCUCCCUCAUCUUCAUCUAUGAAACUUUUGCAAAGCUUGGGAGGAUCUUUGCGGCCCAUCCGCUGAUUCUGAAUUACGAUCACGUGAAUGGAUCUCUAGAAAAUCCCUGGAGUCAUAAGAUCGAAAAAAUUGUCAUCUAUGACAAUGCUACAGGCAAUACAACUGUUAUCACCAGCAUUAUUAACCCUCCAUAUCCCAACACUGCUCUGCUGUCCAUGUGCCUUAUGUUUGGAUGUUUCUUUAUUGCUUACUUCCUGAGGCAAUUUAAGAAUGGCACCUUUCUCCCUGGAAAGAUCAGACGUUUACUUGGUGACUUUGGCGUGCCCAUUGCUAUUUUCCUCAUGAUUGUUGCGGACUACAGCAUUGAAGAUACCUACACACAGAAACUAAUGGUUCCAAAGGGUCUGAUGGUAUCCAAUCCAGAAAAAAGAGGCUGGCUUAUCAACCCGUUUGGAGAGCACCAGUCUUUCCCUGUGUGGGUUAUGUUUGCCUGCUGUGUCCCGGCGUUGCUUGUCUUCAUUCUCAUCUUUCUGGAGUCUCAGAUCACAACUCUAAUUAUAAGUAAACCUGAGAGGAAGAUGGUCAAAGGCUCCGGCUUCCACUUCGACUUACUUGUUUUAGUGGGCAUGGGAGGGCUCAGUGCAAUAUUUGGUAUGCCGUGGCUGAGCGCUGCCACAGUGCGCUCUGUCACUCACGCCAACGCCCUCACUGUGAUGAGCAAAGGAACAAAACCUGUGAUCGAGAAGGUGAUGGAACAGAGGGUCAGUGGUAUUCUGGUGGCCUUGCUCGUUGGUCUGUCGAUCCUGAUGGAACCAAUCUUGAAGCUGAUUCCCAUGGCAGCCUUGUUUGGGAUCUUCCUGUACAUGGGAGUAACAUCUCUGAGUGGCAUCCAGUUGUGGGAUCGCAUGCUGCUUCUGUUCAUCCCAAAGAAAUACCAUCCUAAUGAACCCUAUGCCACUAGAGUGAGCACAGGAAGAAUGCACUUGUUCACAGCCAUCCAGGUAGUGUGCCUUGCAGUUCUAUGGAUUGUGAAGUCCAGUCCAAUAUCUCUUGCACUCCCCUUCGUACUCAUCCUCACCAUCCCACUACGAAUGCUCAUGACUGGGCGCCUCUUCACCCAACUGGAAAUGAAAUGCUUGGAUGCUGAUGAUGCCAAAGUGACAUUUGAGGAGGAGCCGGGGCAGGAUGUAUACUGUGAAUCUCAGAUGCCAUUGUAAACAUCUUCAGUGACAACUGCCAGAAAAUUUCGAUUUUUACAAAAACUGUGUAUUUAUAUGCAGCUCAUAAACAAUAACAUAUUUGUUGAGUUUAUGUUUCUCAUCAUGAAAAUGCACAUAUAGAUUUUGUUCUUCAUUCAAUUUUUUGAAAACAUAUCUGUUUUGGUUAUACACUGAAAAAAAACCACUCAGGUAUAUUAUUUCCAUAUACUUAUUUUAUUUCCAAACACUUGUGUUUUAAACAUUAAUGUAUCAGGGACAGUGAAUGCCUCUUUGAAAUACUCAGAGCUCUAAUCAUGUCAACACUGCAAAAAUAAAUCACAUUGGAUGGUGAAUCAGAAAUACUGUGAUGUAUGAAAAUGAUCUGGAGCAAUUUAGAACUGAAUGUUAUGAUAUAAUACAUGACUGCUAUGUAUUAGUUAUUGUAUUUACUUACUUCAAGGAUGUAAAUUCUAAAAUACGAAUUAAAGAGGUAUUCUAGCCUAUGGAUUAUCAUAGAUUAUCAUGGUUAUGCUUCAAAAUCACAGAUACUGAGGCAAUGAUUCAGACAAAGUGUAAACACUUUAAGUAAGACAAGUGAAACAGAGCAAAAGAACAACACUACUGUAUGACAUAUACAUAUAAAUGUUGAUUUAUGUAUGUUGUUGCACAUUUUGUUGUUAUCUCCAUAUCCAGCAGAAAUAAAAGCUACCUCCAAAAUACA